AUGCAGCAUGCAAGAGUAAGAAGAUUUGCAGGAAGCCAAAUACUGGAUUAUAUCUUGGAUGAAAAUGAGGCAGAGGACACAGAGCAGCAUAGCGAUAUGGAUGAGCAGGUUUCUGAGGCAGAAGAUGAAGUAGAGUAUCAACCAGAAUACACAGACACAUCUGAUGAGUCUGAUGAGGAGGCCACCAGUGCUGAACCUGCUGCUGUUCCUGCUGAAACAUUCAAAUCCAAAAGUGGUAAGAUCUGUUGGAGUUCAGAACCUCCUGACUUACAUGGCAGGGCAGCUGCUGCAGAUGUAAUCAAAAUGACCCCUGGGAUCACAAAGUUUGCUAUGACGAGAGUAAGUGACAUCAAAACAUGUUUUGAACUGUUCAUGCCAUUGUCACUAAAAAAAGUGAUCAUUGCAAUGACAAACCUUGAAGGAAAAAAAGUCCAUGGCAACAUGUGGAAUGACAUAAAUGAGGAAUGCCUAGAUGCUUAUAUUGGUGUUCUUCUUCUUGCUGGAGUGUACAGAUCCUAUAAUGAGGCCACUGAUAGUCUCUGGUACAAGUCAAGAGGCAGAUAUAUCUUCCCAGCAACAAUGUCACUUCACACCUUUCGAAUGAUAUCAAGAGUUUUCAGAUUUGACAACAGAGAUACUAGAGCAAAAUCUGACAAGCUUGCUCCCAUAAGGGAUGUCUGGGAGAAAUGGGUUCAGCUCCUUCCACUAAUGUUUAACCCUGGGCCUCAGGUAACAGUAGAUGAACGUUUGAUCCCUUUCCGUGGAAAUUGCCCCUUCCGGCAGUAUAUGUCCAGUAAGCCAGCCAAAUACGGCAUAAAAAUCUGGGCAGCCUGUGAUGCAAAAACAAGCUAUGCAUGGAACCUACAGAUUUACACCGAAAGUGGCAUCCCUGAGAAAAAACAAGGACAACGUGUAGUCCUUGAUUUGACUACUGGACUGCGGGGUCACAAUAUCACGUGUGACAAUUUUUUUACCAGCUAUGACCUUGGACAAGAACUUCUCAGGAGGAAACUCACCAUGGUAGGCACAAUAAAAAAAAAUAAACCUGAGCUGCACACUGAAAUUUUGCAGGUGAAGGAAAGAGCUCCACUUUCUUCAAAAUUUGCUUUUACAGACACCACCACUGUUGUUUCAUAUUGUCCAAAAAAUAAUAAUAAUGUGAUACUUAUGUCCACUUUUCACAAAGAUGCAGCUGUGUCAUCAAGAAGUGACAAAAAGCCCACUAUUAUCCUGGAUUACAAUAAAAACAAAGGAGGAGUGGACAACCUGGACAAGCUCACUGCUACCUAUACUUGUCAGCGAAUGACCAGGAGAUGGCCGAUGGCUGUGUUUUCUAACAUCCUAGAUGUGUCUGCAUACAAUGCAUUUGUGUUAUGGACCCACAUCCACCCAGGUUAG